UCUCCCGUCCGGAUUUUCAACAUGGCGGACGAAGAGUUAAAAAUCAUUUCAUGAGCUCAUUGUGUUAAAGGUUUUGAAAGUGAUAGAGUUUUAUAAAGAGUUUUUUCAGAACCCUAAUGAGUAAGAAGGAAGCCAGCCAUUAUGAUGAGUUAGGUGUUUUACAGACAGCUACCCGCGAAGAGAUAAAAAAGUCUUAUCAACAGCUGGUUCUUAAGGUCCACCCAGACAAAAAUGAUCCAUCAUUGCCCACAGAUGAGCAACAAAAGAGAAUCGAAGCAUACCACACCAUAACUAAUGCAUGGAAAAUACUUGGAGAUAAAGAAAAGAGAGAACAAUAUGAUAAAGGCAUAAGGGAACAAGGUCUACUUCAGGAAUGGCCAGUCAAUGCUCAGGUAGAUCUUGACGACAUGGAGUUAGAUGAAGAAACUGGUUCAUAUUCCUGGAAGUGCAGGUGUAGUGGUGAGUAUGUUAUCACAGAAGAAGAUCUGGAGCAAGGUCAGAAUGUGGUUUGCUGUUCAACAUGUACACUAUGUAUCAGGGUUAUGUACGCAGUACUAAGUGACCAGGAAGAGCAAGAUGAGGAGUGAAAUGAAAAGUUUACCAGUAAGACACAUUCCACCAGUGACCAGGAACAAGAUGAGGAAAAAUAAUGGUCAAAAAUUACCAGGAAUUCAACUCACAAUGGUACAUGUAAAUCAGAAUAAUGAACACAUUUGUAAUAGACCAGGAAGAUGAUGAAAAGAGAUGAUGUAAAAAAAAUUCCUGGAAAUUAUAUAUUCCACAAUGGCAAACAGCAGUGAUUGAAAAUUCGUUACCAGGAAUACAUAUAUACAACUAUUUCAAAGAAGGUGGAGUGCAAACCAUAUAUCCAUUAAAUAGUACUAAUUUACUACAAAAUAGCACUGAUGAAAUACUUGAAAACGAAAGAAAUAUAUGUGUUUAGUGCUCUUUAGUUUUUAUACUAUUUCGCGGAUUUAUGGAUUGCACUCUAGCAGAUUGGAUUUAGUGAUUGGGCUCUACGAGUCACCUACAAAAUGUUGUCACUGAAAAAUAAAUAAAAUACAGUAAAUUAAAGAACGAAA